AUGGCUUCAGAUGGAAGUAAGUCUGCAGCAUCUCCGUUGCCAGGACCAGAUGUGACCAUGAAACCUGGCGCCACCCGAUCUCCUUUCACUGCACUUCCCUUUCCCCCACCUGCUCCUGGCCCACCAGACCAACCACCUUGGGAGCUGCCUCCACAGCCCCCCAUGCCUUCAGCUUUCUCUCCAGGCAACCCUCUGGUGCUCUCUGCUUUCCCCAGCCCCUUGUUGGUGACAGGGGAUGGAGGCCCUGGCCAUCCAUCCAGUGGGGCUGGACCUGGCAAAGUCGUUGUCAAAGUCAAGACAGAAGAGGGGCCAGCUGAUUCCUCACAAACUCAGAACUUGAUCCUUGCUCAGACUGCCCUCAGUUGGAUUGCCUCAGACACUCCCUGCGGGGUCUCCGAGGGUCCUCCCCCUCAAUUCGUGACAGCCACUAACAUCAGGACCCUUCUGCCCACUAAGGCUGUUGGAGUGAGCCAAGAGGGCCUCCCAGGCCUUCCUGCUCAGGCUCCACCACCAGCUGCCCAACUUGCCCCCAUUGUGGCCCAGGAAAAGGCUUGGCCAGGGCCACCUGGGGCAUCCAGGGAAGGAGGUCCUGCAGCCGCCAGAUCCAAGUCCUCACUGAGUGACCUCUCCUAUACUUCCAAGGGUGUUUAUGAGAACUUCCGUCGCUGGCAGCGCUACAAAGCCUUGGCCCGGAGACACUUAUCCCAAAGUCCUGAUGCAGAAGCCUUUUCCUGCUUUCUUAUCCCAGUGCUUCGUUCUCUGGCCCGGCUGAAGCCCACUAUGACCCUGGAGGAGGGACUGCCAAGAGCUGUGCAGGAGUGGGAGCGCACCAGCAACUUUGACCGGAUGAUCUUUUAUGAGAUGGCAGAAAAGUUCAUGGAGUUUGAGGCUGAGGAAAUGCAGAUUCAGAAUACGCAGCUGAUGAAUGGGUCCCAGGGCCUGCCUCCUGUAGCCCCUCCGAAACUUGAUCCUCCAGGGCCCCUGGCCCCUGAGGUUUGCCAGCAGCCAGUGUACAUUCCCAAGAAGGCAGCUUCCAAGGCACGGGCCCCCCGCCAGCGACAGCGCAAAACCCAGAGGCCUCCAGUUCCUGAGGCACCCAAGGAGAUCCCACCAGAAGCUGUGAAAGAGUAUGCUGACAUAAUGGAAGGGCUGGUGGGGAGCCACUUGGUCACUGAGGAGUCAGACGGAAAACAGGCAGAGGAAGAAGAGCAGCAGGAGAAAGAAGGGAUAUAUCCAGAUCUGGGUCUCCAGAGCUACAUCGAUGAGCUGUGUUCUCAGGAGGUCUUUGUCUCCCAGGUGGAGGCUGUCAUUCACCCUCAAUUUCUGGAAGAUCUGCUGUCCCCAGAACAACAGAGGGAUCCUUUGGCCUUAAUUGAGGAAUUGGAACAAGAAGAAGGACUCAGUCUUGCCCAGCUGGUCCAGAAGCGACUCCAGGCCUUGGAAGAAGAGGAUGGGGAGGCACCUCCAAGUUGCCAUGGAGCUCAAUCGGACUCAAGUCUUUCUGUUUCUGAUGAAGAUGAAGAUGGGAGUGGGCGGCUUCGGCCCUCACCUGGGUCUCGGGUGGCUGGGGGCACUGUUCGCCUUGGAAAGGCUGCUUCUCCAGGAAAGCGGGCAAGAGAAGUGCAUGGUGGGCAGGAGCGGGCCCUAGAUGGCCCAAGGGGGAUGCGUAGGGAUGGGAACACUCUGUCAUCCCCCAGAAGCUGGGACCUGCAGCUAGAACUUGCAACUCUACAGGGAACUCGAGGACCCUUAGGUACAGAGAGAAGAGGGUCUGGGAAGGUUACAAACCAGAUAUCCCCAUAUCAGGAUGACCACUUGGGAGGUGCUGGGACCCCUGCGCACUCCCUGGUGGCUGAUAGGACUUCCGAGGCUCUGCCCCUUUGCUGGCAGGACAGCCCCCAGCUAGAGAUGGUUCCCAGUUUGGACGCUGGCCUUGUAAAGCCAGCUCCUCUGCAGGGACAGGGGUUAGAAAGGCAGGUUGUGGGCUUACAGAAAGGACAACAGACAGGGGGUCUUGGAGCGCUUCCUCAAGGGAAGGAACUGUUGGCAGUGUCCCAGGAAGGGUCUUCAGGAACCAUGUGGGAAAAUGACAGAGGUCCUCCCCUGGCUCAGAGUUAUGAGCAGAGCCCUUCCCCUAGAGCAGCUGGGGACAGGGAGAGGGACAUGGAUGGGGAUGGGGCCUCUCUCAGUCCAGGACUUUGGCUGAGCAGUGAGAUGGAUGCCGUAGGCUUGGAGUUGCCCUUACAAAUUGAGGAGGUCAUAGAAAACUUCCAUGAUGGGGAAUGUGGAACUGAGUACCAGGGAGGCUGCCAGGCCCUGGGCUCCAGAAGUAAUAUUUCUCUGGGUCCUGGAGAAACCACAGCACCUGGGGAUGUGGGGAGCAGUGUAAUUCUCUGUGGAGGCCCCAAUGCCACAGCUGUCCUAGAAAAGAGAGACCACUGCAGCUUGCCAGAACCUCUGAGGGCCAACAGCCCUGCCUUGAGGCCUACAGACAAUAGGGAACAGAGCCCUGAGGCUGUACAGGAUCCCAGUGACCUGUGGGCAGAAGGUUGCCCUCCAUUGCUGGGAAGCAGAAUUGGUGCCUCCACACUGGGGGCUUCCAAAGAAAGCCUCUUCCAUGCAUGUCAAGGUAAUAUCCUUACCCUGGGGCCCCAGGAUACCACCUCCUUCCCCGAGGCCAGCCAAGAGGCAGGCAGCAGAGGCAAUUCCAUUUCUCCCCUGUUGGAAACCACAGAAAACAUCAACAUACUAGAUGUUACAGAUGCCUGUGGCCUCCAGCUAGGGGUCAAUGAGGAUACCUGCCCACCAAAUUUUAAUUCGUAUGACCCCGAAGGAGAGGGCAGAGAAGAUACCGAUUUAUCCAAGCCUAAAGACCUUGCCCCCUCGCCAGGGAAUCAAGAGUCUUAUGCACAUGAGACGCCCAAAUCAACAUCUCCUUACCAGGGCCUUGGAAGCACUUCCCCUAGAUGGGGAACCAGGGAUGCCUUAACUCUGAGAGAAGCCUCCCCUGUUAGUGAAACACGCAGUUCAGCAGAUGGGGCCAAAGGAAAGGAGGAGGAGGAGGAGGAAGAUGAGGAACUCUCCAACUUUGCCUACCUCUUGGCCUCCAAACUUAGCCUGUCGCCAAGGGAGCUUCCCCUCAGUCCUCGUCCAGCCUCAGGCCUGUCCUCCAAAGGUAGGGGGGUCCAGAGAGCAUCCCACUCCCUCUCUGCUGAGGCAAGAGGCCUUGGCCAACCUCCGUUUCCUGUUGCCAAGUCUGGAAAGCGAGCUCUUGUUGGGGGUCUAGCCUCUGCAGAAAAGAGGCCCUAUGUGGAAGCUGAACUUGGGGGCUCUGGGGAGAAACCCCUGGCUCUGGGUGUGGUUCGACCCUCACAGCCUCGUAAAAGAAGGCGUGACAGUUUCCUCACUGGCAGAAGGAAGAAACGACGUCGUAGCCAGUAG